CAUCUACCUCAACGGCAAGGACGGCAACCAACCUCUCCAGAAGGUGUGGAUCGACCACGUCAAGGUGUCGCUUGUCGGCCGGCAGAUGCUCACGAUCGACGGCGCUGGCUCCAACAGCAUCACCGUCAGCAACUGCGACUUUGACGGGCAAACGUCGUGGUCGGCGUCGUGCGACGGGCGCCACCACUGGACCAACAUCUUUGUGAGCAACCUCAAGAUGAGCUUCCUCAACAACGUCUUCCAUCACACAUCCGCACGUGCGCCCAAGUUUAGCUCGUCCAACGGUAAGUACAAGCUGCAAGUGCACAUGGCCAACAACUACUGGUACAACAAUACGGGUCGCUCGUUCGAGGUCGACGACGCCUACGUGCUUUCGGAAGGCAACUUUUGGGUGUCGACCAAGCAACCCAACUUGCCCCAGAAGAAGGGUUCGGUCAUGUCGACCAACAACGCCAACAAGGGCAGCUGCAAGGCGGCGCUGGGCCGCGACUGCGUGGUCGAUGCGUUUGUCAACAGCGGCGCGUUCGUCGGGCACAGCGAGAGCGCCGUGCCGCCCAUGAUGAAGGGUAUUGCAACCGCGUACAAGCCGGGUCCGGCCAAGCGACUUGCGUUCUCGGCCAAGAACUGGGGUGUCGGCGAUUUGUAAAGAGGACUUGUGACGAUGACAUUUCGAUAUUCACAAUAAUUUGAUUUUGUUGGAUAUUUCUUUCAAAAUA